AUGGCGCUCCAGCGUUGGGGCAUUGACCCGGCCAAGGUGCCGCAGCAGCCAUUCCUCCCAAUCGUGAGGCCAGAAGGACCAUCCUUCCUCGACACAACGGCCUGUCUCUGCGCAUUGCGACCUUUGCCCGGCGCCGAUCAACUCACCGGAGACGGAUGGAGAUUCGAGCGUGACGAGGCCGCUUGGCAGUGCAUCGGAAACCAGACCCAGGUCGUGUACAACGCGACAACAGGAAAAUGGUUCAAAUCCAAGAACGGCAAGGGAAGCAUCGACGACCUGCCCAUCUACGACGCGUCGAACCCUCCCAAGACCAGCGAACAGCUAACAUGGGACACCCGGACCCGGACACUGAAGCCAUUGGAAGACAACAAGAGGCUCAGUGUCUACGACCGAGACUGCACCGGCAAGAAUCAGUCCAGCUUCUCAACCAGCUUCUAUCGCUCUUACCAGCAGCUGCUGAAUGACCAGCUCCCCAUAGAUGCGGCACCAUGCUGGAGACCUGGCGCCUUGCCAUUGCAACUGCAGUCCGUCGAGUCUUGGACCAAGGACGGCUGUAAAGAAGGUUUUCUUUGCAUGAACAACACCAUCAACUCACUCCCCCAAUCAUGCCCUCCCAAUGAGAUGUGCACAGUCGGACGACUUUCGCAAAUGACCUGCCACUACAAAGGCGAGAACAUAGGCAUGGGUCCUUUUGAGCCAAUCGUUUGCCAGCAGGGCUACUACUGUCCUCUUGAAGACGAAGGCAAGAAGAAGAUUCGAUGUCCAAAGGGCUCAUACUGUCAACCUGGUGCUUCCAGGCCGACGCCUUGCGCUUCCGGCAGCCUCUGUCCCGAGGGAUCAUCGUUCGAGCGCUUCAUGGUUCCUCUGGUGGUAUUGAUCAUUAUCGAUGUCCUCCUUGUCAUUGGCAUGUUCUUCUUGAUUUUCCGGCAGCGGUGGCACUCAACCUCCAAGGCGCAUGCGGGCACCCUGAAGAGGCACAAGACCAUGAGGGCUGUCAGGGCCACCAUCACUGGAUACAAGGAACUGCCUGAGGGGCAAGACAAUGAGAUGGCACCCAUGAACCUCUCGUACAGCCCCUAUGCGCCCUACUCGCCUUACGAUAUGCCACACCGAGAGGGUCGCCCUGGCCAUGGCUUCGAGGCCGCUCUGGCACGGGGCAGCACCGAUAGCUCUGAUCAACAGCACAAGGAAGCCGAGGCCUCGCCGCAGCUCAAGGCCUUUGUUGAUUCGAUGCGCAGAGCAGCCGAGGCGACAAACUUUGGCCUUUCCUUCAGGUACUCCGACCUCAGCUUCCACCCUAAGAAGGCGGUCAAACCAGUUCUCCAGAACGUCACUGGGUCCAUCGAGCAAGGACAGCUCGUGGCUGUCAUGGGUGGAUCGGGAGCCGGCAAGUCGACAUUCGUCAACGUGUUGAUGGGUAAAACCAGUAACACUGGUGGUAUCGUUGCCGUCAACAAUACCCCAGGCAAGAUGAAGCGUUACAAGAAGUUGACCGGUUAUGUGCCCCAAGACGAUAUCGUACUGCCCGAGUUGAGCGUUUACGAAAACAUUGUCCACUCGGCACGCAUCCGGCUUCCUCGAACAUGGAAAAAGGCCGAGAUCGAAGCUCAUGUCGAGUCUGUUAUCGACUGCUUGGAGCUGUCGCAUGUGCGCGAUUCUCGAGUCGGCAGUGUAGGUAAGCCCGUCAUUAGCGGUGGACAGAGAAAGCGAGUGAGCAUAGGCAUGGAGCUGGCGGCUGCGCCCAUGGCCAUCUUCCUUGAUGAGCCAACCAGUGGUCUCGAUGCCACUGCUGCAUCUUCCAUCAUGCGCACGCUCAAGGCGAUUGCGAAGCUCGGUAUCUCCAUCAUCGUCAUUAUCCACCAGCCCCGAACCGAGAUCUUUGAGCUAUUCGACAACCUCAUCUUACUCGGAAACGGACAGACCAUCUAUGAAGGACCCCAGCCCGAGGCCCAGGCAUACUUUGAGGGCAUGGGCUUCCAUUUCCCCGAACACAGCAACCACGCCGAUGUGAUUACUGAUAUUAUCACCGGAAACGGUCGAGAAUACAAUGCCAAAGGUGAUGUCUCCAAGGAGGCCCUCAUCUCCAACUGGUCAGCAUCGCGGAAGGCCAAAACGGCCGAGGAUUUCGAGCGCAGGAGUAUCCGAUCGACCAUGCUGGGUGAUACGGGCAUGCGUCAGGCCCUCAAGAAACGUGGUGCUCCAUUUGUCAAGCAAGCAUGGCUCUGCCUUUGCCGUGCCAUGGUUCAACAAUACCGCACCAAGGGGGCCUUCUUCGCUGAGAUGGGACUUGCGGUGCUCGCCGGAGCCUUGCUAGGACUUGCCAACAACCCCAAGAACGGCAUCAUGUUUGUUGGCAUCUUCCACGAACCCUAUGAGGUCUUGUCGACGGCCAUCGAUUUCAUCUCUGCGCCGCAGUUUGCCCUCCUCAUCGCCAUUGCUGUUGGUCUCGUUGCGGCUGCCCCUGGAGUCAAGCUCUUCUCUGAGGAGACGCUGCUGUACAGACGGGAGGCCGAAGCAGGUCACUCCCGAUUUGCGUAUUUCAUUGCCAAGGUGAUUUCUGUCUUGCCUCGAAUGGCUCUCGGGUGCCUCCAUUUCACGACACCCUUAUUCCUACUGUCAGUGCCCAUCAUCGAUUGGGGUCUCGCGUUCCUUACCAACCUGCUGUACUUUUACUGCAUCUAUGGCCUUGCCAGUAUCGUGAGCAUGGUCGUCCGCAGAGAAGAUGCGCCGCUGUUUGCAACCAUGAUUGCACUCAUCACUGGUAUCCUGUCUGGAUCAGCACCACCCCUGUCGUCAGUCAAGGACUGGCACAUGGAGUGGCUUUGGCGAGCAUCCCCGGCCACUUGGCUUGCGGAGAUAUACUUUGGGCAGCUCGUGGCACCGUUCGCCUACCUCUACAAGGUUGACAUUGCUGCGCGAGAGACUGGAUUCGAGUUGGAUCGAAAGUGGAUGAACAUUGGCGUCUUGGUCGCAAUCGGAACAGCAUACCGAGUUCUCGCCUUUGUUGGAAUGGUGCUUGGACAUCGGCUGAGGAGGUAG